UAUACAUCAAAAAUGUUGACUUCAACGGAACGCCUCGACGCAACGAUCAGUUCAAAGCACAGUGACUAUGGCAGCACAACGUUAAAAAAUCGCGCUCCAACAACUAACGGUCAAGAAUCAACAGCCGAAAUACACAUUGCGACCGACGCAGCUGCACUGGUAUCGUGCGAAAAGAACAGCGAUCACAUUAAUAGUGACCAGUCGACGGAGCAUUAUCAUUCCAGUGACAGUGCGGCAGCUAGUGGAUCUGAUCGUGCCUAUCAAAGUCGGACGAACCCGCUAACAACUUACACUUCAAGUCUUUUUGCCGCCGCGAGUAGUGUGUCCUCGCCGUCGCGUUUUCAAACACGCCAAUCCCGUUAUCCGCGUUACGCCUACAGUAAAAUGGAUUCGUAUAUCGAUGAGAAGUCCACCGCUCCGAAAUCCUUUUGGAAGACGGCUGGAUUUCUACGUUUCGAAACAUUUCUAUUUAUUUUGAAUCAAAUGUGCAUCGGUUUUGUGACCAUCUACAUGAGCUGGCUGUGCAUCACCAGAGGUUUGGAGAAGACCCCGUUGCAUGCGUGGUUGGUGACACUUGGAUACUCACUGUUGAUGGCCGAAGCGGUGAUGAUACACUACAACGCCAAUCCGCUGACGUCACACUACAAACGGCAUGAGAAGCACACCAUACACUGGGUGCUGCAGCUGGCAGGCGGCGGACUGGGCAUGGGCGGUACGCUGUAUAAAUGUAUACAGAAGGGUUUUCUGCUAUCGAGCACGCAUGGCAAGCUGGGUUUCUCCACAUUUAUCUUCUGCUUGGUGUCUUGGCUUAGCGGUUUAACCGCGCUUUAUCAACUCAAAAUGAAGGGUUGCGUACGUCCAUUAUUUAAUCGCACAUUCCACAACUUGAUCGGCCUUACUUGCUUCGUACUAGCGCUUUCAACUCAAUUUUAUGGUUAUCAAACGGGUUUCUUUACAAAUGCUCACCCAGAUGGAUCCACGCUCCCCAUUUGCAUGAAAACCAUAACGCUCAUUUCGCUGGUGCUCUCUUGUAUUGGACCAAUAAAGGCGCUGUUGCAGAAGAUACGGAUCAUUGUAAGAGACUAAUAUUUCAUACAUUUUGUGGUCAUCAGUCUGUAUUUGGACGUCCUCAUACAAUAUGUAAAUUAAAUAUUUAUGAAGUGUAAUAUAUUUGCAUACUCCAAUUUUUCAUAACAUUCUCUGUAAAAUUGUAUUUAUUAUUAUCAUUUAAAUUUAAUAUAAAAUAAAUCUUAAAUGCUCAAUUUAA